AUGGAAUUUCGUUUGUACGAGAACAGUCAUACCAGAUUUCAAAUAAAUUCUACAUAUCUAAUACCAUUCGAUGACACUAUAUUUGUAAGUAUUUAGACCAUGUUUUCAAUUAAUAUAUUACAAUAUGUAUAUUAGUUAUCAGAAAUGUUUACAAUUUUGAAAUGAUGAAGAUUACCAAUAUGGUAAGAAAAUCAUACCAUUGCAUAGUAUUUGUUAUCGUUACCCAGCGAUAUCAGGAAAUUAUGUCCAGUAUUUUAUUGGGGCAUUCAAUUUCAAUGUUGGGUACCUAUUGAUAUAAUGUUUACUGAGAUACAUGACCAUACCUAUAUUUUCAACAAAGAAUAGUGUAUGCAUCAAGAUUGGGCAAUGGACAUUAACGAGUAAAUAAAUGUAUAGUUUAGGUAAUUUUUAUGUUUAACGACAUUUUUUUUUUUAUUUUACAUUAACUUAUUAAACAACGAAUUAAUUUGAAUUACAUCACGUAGUUCAAAUUGUUUUUAAAUUUACUAUGUAAUAAAAUUUAAAAUACACUGCCUGUACCAUCGUAUUAAUUAUAAUUUUUUUUUUUUACUAAAGUGUGUGGAGUUCAGAAUUUUAAAUUUAUCGGUACAAUUGGUUUUUCUCAUAAAUAUCCCUACAUGUUUAAUAUUGAUCAUACUUAUUUAAAAAAAAAAAAUUCUAGAAUGAACCAUUGUAUCAAUAACAAUAACAAUUUAAAAAACACUUACUUAACUCAAAUGUGUACUACAUUUAACUUAAUUUAAUAGUUAAUUCAUACAAUUAACUUUAAACGCGUGUCUAAUCGUUAACUUUUUUUAUGAACUCAAGUUAAUUGAGCUAAUAUUAUUUAUUAACUUGCUUAUCGUUGCAUCUAAGGGGUUUUAUCGAUACCGCCGUUUUAAUAUCAAUUCCAUCAAUCACCGAUUAUAUCGGUCGUUUGUUAUAAUAAUAUGUUGAUUCCGCGGAUUAUCGAAUUCGCCAAACGUCUGUUGAAUAUUUUAUGUUUGUAUAUAAUGCAUUUAAUAUAAGUAACAUAAACCUAAGAUUAAUAAAUAUAAGAAUAUAUAAGAACAAUAAAAUGUAUAAAAAAAUAAUUGAUAAUAAUCCAUAAUUACCUAUUAUAAUCAUAAUAUAACAGCAUUACAUUUACAAUUAUUCCAUUUAAAUUAUUUUCUAAUAUUUUAAUAAACGGUUUUCAUAUAUUAUUAUGCAUUACAACUGCAUAAUUUUCAGUUAAUUAACGACAAAAUAACAAUUCAUAUUGUUUUACGAUUGCCGAUAUAUUAUACAAUACACAUCAAUACCCGUAAAAAUUACCGGUUUUGUUGAUUUUUAUACCCAAGGUCCACAAAAAUAUUUCCGAAAUCAUCGAAAUAAUAAAACAUUAGAAAAUUAAAAUUUUCUACUCGGCUUUGAUUCAGUAAAUUAUAUUUUAUACUAUUCUACAACUUCAAAUUUUAAAUUUCUUUGGUCAAACGGCAAAAUAAUUGUAGAUGGUACAAAUUUACUGCUCGGUGUAACGUCCUGUCUCUCAGUCUAUACGGCGGGGUGUUGCAGCGUACCAGAGUUUUGUUUAUAUUAACGAGGUCUCGAAGACUUGGGUAAAUAUAAUUAAAUUAUGGAUCAAGGUUAUAUCGUAUUUGAUCGUUACAUCGAUAUCGUAUACAUCGAUUAUUAUUUUAUAAACAGUCGGUGGAAUCAACAUAAAAAAAGUUUGGUGGAGUUGUUAGCCAACGCAAUCGAUAUAUUUCUUAUAAAUAAAAAAGGUUCUUUCGGCGGAAUCGAUAUACACCCGCGUAUAGUAUAAAAGAAAUUUAGAAAAAUUGUUUCUUUUCAAUCAACUGAGCUUACAUCACUUGAGCAUGAUGCCAUCGAAGAUGGAUAGGAUUGAAUCUAACGAACAACUAUAGAAUAAGAUCCGUGAAAAAACUUCCAAUCAGAUACCAAAUCAAAUGGAACACCUGGAAUACACUUAAUAGAAAUAAUCAAACAACGAAAAAUCUGCAUAAGCACGAGUACACAAUACAGGAACCAUAAACUUCAAAUGUGAAAGUGAAUAAAUGGAAUAACAUAGCAUGUUCUCUAAACUUAAUUUCAUAAACAUCUAAAAACUUAGGUGUUAAAUGCAACAGACGUGACUAUAUAUAGGUAAAUAAUCAAUAGAGAAAAAAAGGAUUACAAAAAGCAUUUAUGCAGCAUGAACACAAUAAAAAUAAUAAAUUAUUAGGAAUUAUCGUUAGUUUCUAAAUUGUCAAUAUUUCUGGUAACAUAAUUAUAAAACGCGUUACGUGAUAAUUUACUACUUAUACAAAUCACAUCGAUGAAAAUAUUUUGUAUUUGUAUAAUUUGUAUAAGUACAUUGUAUUUUAUUGUUUUGCAGUUAAAUUAUGAGCAUAAUGAGACCAAUGUUCUGUUUUAAUAGAUUUUAAUUUAUAUUGAAUAAUUUAAAUUCAUAUUACUUAUGUUUCUUACCAAAGCGUUAAAAUGAGCAAAAUAUCACCCACAAAUUGUAUUAUUAUUUUAAAAACGAUUUACGAUUUUCGCAUGUUUCGUACAGGUUGGAUUUAAUUUAGCUUUUAAUGACACUAAUGGAAAAUGGAAGGAAAACUUUUUAACACACAAAUUUCAAAAUGCUUGCUCGUCAUUCAAGGUUCUUAUGGGAAAUCAGUAUUCCAAAUUCAUGAAUGGAAUGGGCAUAUUUGACCUCGGUUGUCCCAAAAAAAAGGUAUGGUUAUAUAAUUUUGAACAAUCUAAAUCAAAGCAAACAUUCGAUGUACACAAUAUGUCUUUUGAUGUAUUAUACCAAAGUAUGUAAGGUCAUAAUAAUUUUAGUCGUAAUAAAAAUAUAUUAUUACCAAAAAAAAUCUUAUCAUUACCUUAAUUAGCAUUCACAGAUUUUCCCAUUAAAUUUAAUUUGUUUACACUUUUUAUCAUAAUUAUUUUGCUCUGGUUUCUUUGUAGCUACUUCAGCCAUUAUCUUUCUAAAUUUAUUUUCCAUUGUUGACUGAAAACGAAACCAUUAACUUUUGUAACCAUCUGAUAUAUGGAACGAUGGUAUCCAACUAAUCUAAAGUCAGCGUACACUCUAAAUUAGUUCCUUCGAAACGAGAAAUUUUGGCAAUAAAUAACACCUGCCUAAAUAUAUUGACUACAUAACAUUGAUCAACUACAAUAACUACAAUCUUUUAAAAUAGUGUUGUUUUAUUUUCAGGGUUUUUAUAUGGCCACGGAUAUUUUAAAUACAUCAAUGAUCCACAAAAUGAAUAUUCCCAAAACAUUUAUUUAUGGAGUGUACAAAAUUGACAUAACCUAUUCACGUAAAAAUCAAAUACUCGGUUGUAAUCAAUUCAUCUCCGAUAUUUUCAAAGCUUGAAAUAUUUUUUUAUAUCGGUUAUUUUGGUUAUUUAU